AUGAAGUUUUCUGACUUUUUAUGGAUUUUAUGUUUUUUAAUUAUUUCUUGGAAAUUGUGUUUAGCGGCACCAGCUGUAUUUGCACUUUCAAACUGGAAGGACAUUUAUACUGCCAAGGAAUAUCUUGAUAAGUAUUAUAGUAACAGUGGAAAAUUACAGAUAUCUGAAAUGGUAGCCGGAAGCGUAUCUCUAUCAAGUAAGUUGAAGAAAAUGCAGCAAUUUUUUGGCCUCCAAGUUACUGGAAAAUUAGAUUAUUCCACAGUUUCAAUUAUGAAGAAACCAAGGUGUGGCAUGCCGGAUGUAGCAAAUUAUCAUCUCUUUCCAGGGGAGCCCAAAUGGGAAAAAAAAACUUUAACAUACAGAAUUGCUAAAUACACUACAAGCCUCAGCAAACUUGAUGUGGAUAGAGCAGUGGAUAUGGGUUUAAAAGCCUGGAGUGAUGCAGCACCUCUGAAUUUUGUGAAAGCAAAUCAAGGAGAAGCAGACAUCAUGAUUUCCUUUGAGAACGGAGACCAUGGAGAUUCCUACCCCUUUGAUGGCCCACGGGGAACUUUGGCUCAUGCGUUUGCCCCAGGUGAAGGGCUGGGUGGGGAUACUCAUUUUGACAAUGCUGAAAAAUGGUCAACAGGAUCAAAUGGUUUUAAUUUAUUCACUGUUGCUGCUCAUGAAUUUGGACAUGCAUUAGGCCUCGGACAUUCAAGUGAUCCUUCAGCUUUGAUGUAUCCAACAUACAAAUACCAACAUCCCAUUGGAUUCCGUCUACCCAAUGAUGAUGUUAAAGGGAUACAGACUUUGUAUGGUUCAAAUGUAUCUGGAAAAGAAUUGCCAACUGUCCCAGCAAACAAUCCAAAUGCUUGUGACUCAAACCUGUCAUUUGAUGCCGUUACAGGAUUAGGGAACGAACUUUUAUUUUUUAAGGACAGAACCUUCUGGAGAAGACAGGCAUAUCUUGCAAACAUCAGACCCAGCUCUAUUGCAAGCUCGUUUCCACAGCUUAUGGCUAAUGUGGACGCAGCUUACGAGGUUGCCGAUAGAGGAACAGCAUAUUUUUUUAAAGGUCCUCAUUACUGGGUAACUAGAGGACUAAUAACGCAAGGUUCUCCCCGUACAAUUCAAGACUUUGGAUUUCCAAAUCAUGUACAGAAAAUAGAUGCUGCAGUGUACCUGAAGAAUACGAAGAAAACCCUGUUCUUUGUUGGAGAUGAUUUUUACAGUUAUGAUGAAUCCCGGAGAAUAAUGGAAUAUGAUUAUCCUAAAAGCAUUGAUGAUGAGUUUUCUGGAGUUGAGGGAAAGGUAGAUGCAGCUGUUGAAGUCAAUGGAUAUAUUUACUUCUUUUCUGGACCAAAGGCUUACAAAUAUGAUACCGAAAAGGAAGAUGUGGUUAACGUUGUGAAAUCCAGUUCCUGGAUUGGAUGUUGA